AAUCCGGACUUGAAAAUGGAGAUGUAUGAAACCCUCGGAAAAGUGGGAGAGGGAAGUUAUGGAACAGUCAUGAAGUGUAAACAUAAGGAUACUGGGCAGAUAGUGGCCAUUAAGAUAUUUUAUGAAAAACCGGAAAAAUCUGUCAACAAAAUUGCAACGAGAGAAAUAAAGUUUUUAAAGCAAUUUCGUCAUGAAAACCUGGUCAAUCUGAUUGAAGUUUUUAGGCAGAAAAAGAAAAUUCAUUUGGUGUUUGAAUUUAUUGACCACACGGUAUUAGAUGAGCUGCAACAUUAUUGUCACGGACUAGAGAGUAAACGACUUAGAAAAUACCUCUUCCAGAUCCUUCGAGCAAUUGAAUAUCUUCACAAUAAUAACAUCAUUCAUCGUGAUAUAAAACCUGAGAAUAUUUUAGUAUCCCAAUCAGGAAUUACUAAACUCUGUGAUUUUGGUUUUGCGCGAACUCUGGCAGCUCCUGGGGACGUUUAUACGGAUUACGUGGCUACACGCUGGUAUAGAGCUCCAGAAUUGGUAUUAAAAGAUACCUCUUAUGGAAAACCUGUAGAUAUCUGGGCUUUGGGUUGUAUGAUCAUUGAGAUGGCCACUGGAAACCCCUAUCUUCCUAGCAGCUCUGAUUUGGAUUUACUUCAUAAAAUUGUUUUAAAAGUAGGCAACUUGACUCCUCACUUACAGAAUAUCUUUUCCAAGAGUCCCAUUUUUGCUGGGCUGGUCCUUCCUCAAGUUCAACACCCCAAAAAUGCAAGAAAAAAAUACCCAAAGUUAAAUGGAUUGUUGGCAGAUAUAGUUCAUGCUUGUUUACAAAUUGAUCCUGCUGAAAGGACAUCAUCUACUGAUCUUUUGCAUCAUGAGUACUUUACUAGAGAUGGAUUUAUUGAAAAAUUCAUACCAGAACUGAGAGCUAAAUUACUACAAGAAGCGAAAGUCAAUUCAUUCAUAAAGCUAAAAGAGAAUUCUAAAGAAAGUGACCUUAUGAAAGAUGAAAGAAAAACAACAUAUACUAAUUCACUGCUUGGUACUCCAGUUUUGGGAAAGGAAAUAGAAAAAGAGAAAAAGCCCAGGGAGAUCAAAGUCAGAGUUAUUAAAGUCAAAGGAGGAAAAGGAGAUAUCUUAGAACCAAACAAGACAGAGUGUGAAGGUGGACAUUGUCAACAGGAUGCUGUUGAAAAUGCUCAUGCUAUGUCUCAAGAUACAAAACCUGUAAUCAGUGAACCGCUAAACGCCAUCAAUCCCGGCACUAAUUCUAAUAGCAUGAAAGAUGAUCCACACGCUGGAGGUAGUAUGAUGAUGCCACCCAUCAAUCUAAUGAGCAAUAAUUUGUUGGCUUCAAAUCCCAAUUCAAAUCUUUCCCAUCCCAAUUCAAGGUUGACUGAACGAGCAAAAAAGAGACGUACUUCUUCACAAUCUAUUGGACAGCUUAUGCCUAAUAGCAAACAAGAGGAUAUAAGUCCCACUCAAAACCAAAUGGAGAAGAGUGUAUUUAAUGAGCGAACAGGUCCAAAUGACCAAAUGGCAAAUGGAAACAAAAGAAAGCUGAAUUUUUCCAGAUCUGACAGGAAGGAAUUCCAUUUCCCAGAACUACCUUUCACGGUACAGCCCAAGGAGGUGAAAGGAAUGGAAGUUAAACAGAUAAAAGUGCUGAAGAGGGAAUCAAAGAAAACAGAUUCAUCUAAAAUACCAACUUUACUUAAUGUGGAUGAAAAUCAAGAAAAACAUGAGGCUAAAGAAAUCCUGACAAAAGAAUCCAAUGUGCAGGAGGUUCGAUGUCCAGUCACGGUCUGUGGAGAUGUACAUGGGCAAUUUCAUGAUCUCAUGGAACUGUUUAGAAUUGGUGGCAAAUCGCCAGAUACAAACUACUUGUUUAUGGGAGAUUAUGUUGACAGAGGAUAUUAUUCAGUUGAAACAGUUACUCUGCUUGUAGCUCUUAAGGUUCGUUACCGUGAGCGCAUCACCAUUCUUCGAGGAAAUCAUGAGAGCAGACAGAUCACACAAGUGUAUGGUUUCUAUGAUGAGUGUUUAAGGAAAUACGGAAAUGCAAAUGUUUGGAAAUAUUUUACAGAUCUUUUUGACUAUCUUCCUCUCACUGCCUUGGUGGAUGGGCAGAUAUUCUGUCUACAUGGUGGCCUCUCACCAUCCAUAGAUACACUGGAUCACAUCAGAGCACUUGAUCGCCUACAAGAAGUUCCUCAUGAGGGUCCAAUGUGUGACUUGCUGUGGUCAGAUCCAGAUGAUCGUGGUGGUUGGGGUAUAUCUCCUCGAGGAGCUGGUUACACCUUUGGGCAAGACAUUUCUGAAACAUUUAAUCAUGCCAAUGGCCUCACAUUGGUGUCCAGAGCUCACCAGCUGGUGAUGGAGGGAUAUAACUGGUGCCACGACCGAAAUGUAGUAACGAUUUUCAGUGCUCCAAACUAUUGUUAUCGUUGUGGUAAUCAAGCUGCAAUCAUGGAACUUGAUGAUACUCUAAAAUACUCUUUCUUGCAGUUCGACCCAGCACCUCGCAGAGGCGAGCCACAUGUUACUCGUCGUACCCCAGACUACUUCCUGUAAUGAAAUUUUAAACUUGUACAGUAUUGCCAUGAACCAUAAAUUGACCUAAUGGAAAUGGGAAGAGCAACAGUAACUCCAAAGUGUCAGAGAAUAGUUAACAUUCAAAAAAAAAAACUUGUUUUCACACGGACCAAAAGAUGUGCCAUAUAAAAAUACAAAGCCUCUUGUCAUCAACAGCCGUGACCACUUUAGAAUGAACCAGUUCAUUGCAUGCUGAAGCGACAUUGUUGGUCAAGAAACCAGUUUCUGGCAUAGCGCUAUUUGUAGUUACUUUUGCUUUCUCUGAGAGACUGCAGAUAAUAAGAUGUAAACAUUAACACCUCGUGAAUACAAUUUAACUUCCAUUUAGCUAUAGCUUUACUCAGCAUGACUGUAGAUAAGGAUAGCAGCAAACAAUCAUUGGAGCUUAAUGAACAUUUUUAAAAAUAAGUACCAAGGCCUCCCCUCUACUCGUGAGUUUUGAAAUCGUUUUGUUUAUUUUCAGGGAUACCGUUUAAUUUAAUUGUAUGAUUUGUCUGCACUCAGUUUAUUUCCCUUCUCAAAUCUCAGCCUCAUGUUGUUCUUUGUUAUUGUCAGAACCUGGUGAGUUGUUUUGAACAGAACUGUUUUUUCCCCCUCCUAUAAGACGAUGUUACUGCACAAGAGCACUGCAGUGUUUUUCAUAAUAAACUUGUGAACUAAGAACUGAGAAAGUCAAAUUUUAAUUGUAUCAAUGGGCAAGACUGGUGCUGUUUAUUUAAAAGAUACAUCAAUUGAUAAAUUUUAGAAUUUAUAGAAUUCUAGGUAAAGAAAAAUAAAAUCAAGGUCACUAUAUAAUCUCUCUGGCAACUCCUUGACAUUCUUCAGAAGAUUUUCAAGACUUAUUUGUAAUCCAGAUAGUACAAUUUGUCAGAGAGCCGGCGUGCUCUUUGUGGGGUUCUUCCUGCAUAUUACCUUGUCUGCAAGAAAGGAAAUCUGCAACUUCAGUGAGACUGGACUAUAAAACCAUAGAACUCGAGAUUUAAGUGUUUUGGUUUUUCUUUUAAUAAAACAUCAUGUUUUCAGGUAGAGCUUGAAAAACUAAUAUGUCUACUUCUCAGUGCAGUUUCUGGUUAUAAAUACCAUAUUGCUAUGUAUGUUAGAUGGACUCAAAAAAAUGAUGGACAGAUUUUGUAUAUUGCUUGUCAUGUUAUCUUAGAGUUAACUUUGUCUCAGAUAAAAAAGCUGUUAAAGUAUUGUCCUGUAUUAAGCUCUUUAAGUGCUACUAGUUAAACCAAAUAGAAAACUAUUGCUAGAUCAUGGUUUGGUGUAAUAUGCAUUCACCCAAGGACAAAAAUGGCAUUUGAAAUGAAGUGGCAGUGCUAAGCACUUACUGAGUUUCCUCCCACCCUUUUCUCCUUUGAAUAGGAUUAGAAAGUUAAAACAGUUCUUCUGUGGAAACUAAUAUUUGGUAAUCUUCAGCUAUCAGGGUAAACUUCAGGGCACUUAAUCAUUACUUGUGUGAAUGUAGUAAUAAAAGUUCCUUUGCUUUG